AUGCUACUGCGAUAUUUUUUAUUAGUGUUAAAUGUUUUUAGUUUUGUUAUUGCUAUAGACAAUGUUGGAACCUCAGGGAAGUUAAGGUUUUCCAAUUUAGGCUAUGCAGAUACUUUCAAUUAUGUUGGAAAAAUCAGCAAUAUUACAAGGGAGAGUUGCUCAUGCACAUUAGCUCCACCUGCAUGGUUUUCUGGUACCAAUGCACCUUUAUCUGAAAGAUUAGUGGCUCAUAUCAGAGGCCCCACCCAACUGUAUAAAUUUGCAUAUUACAAUGUCCAUCAUUUUAUUCUUGGGUCAGAUAAUAAUACUCAUAAUUGGACUCAACAAGCAUUAUUCGAUAUUGCACCAGAUUCUAUCAGCAAACAAGGUAUCAAUGUUACUUUUCUUGGACAUAAAGGUAAAUAUUCUCCAUGUAUGGGGAAAGCACUAACAUUUAUCGGACAAGAUGCUGUUUCAUUUGUCACUGAGAAUCCCGAUCCAACUGGAUUUUCUGGAUAUGUACCAUCAAACGAAGAAUUUAUCAUAUAUUCGAAUUUUCCAUGUCCUAGUUCAAAAGUAGGAGGUUUAUGUGGUGUUUAUAGAAAAGGUAUACGAUCCUAUACUGGAUAUGAAGGUGUCACGAAAUUGUUUCUAUUUGAAUUCUCUAUGCCUACAGAUACUAAUAUAACUAAUCAAGAUGGGAAAUACUAUGAUAUGCCAUCUAUUUGGUUGGCAAAUGAGCAUCUAUCACGUACGACAGAACAUUAUGAUUGGAACAAUAAUUGUUCUUGUUUGUUUAAUGGCUGCGGUGCCUACCAAGCCUUUACAACAAAUUCUACUGACCACGACCUAUUAUAUUCCUCUUUACAAACAUUUCAAGGAAUAAAUAAGAAUGCAAGUCAGAAUGCGAUCUUGAACGGUACCUUUAGUACUGGUCGAUUUAAUAGACCGAGAAACACAACAGUAAGAGGGGGUGUGUUAUUUGAUUCAGCGGGAAAUAUCGUAACAUUUAUUACAAAUAACACCGUAUUCCACGAAGAACUGACACCUGAACAAGUAGAGGACAUGCUCUCUGAUAUUCCUAAUAUUGGGAAAGAGCUAGUAUUACCAUCUGGAACUUUACACGCUCCUAACAAAACGUCAUCAAGUGGUGGAUCUACAAUAAGACCUAUAGGUCUUACUCUAUGGGCCAUAUAUUUAUCGUUAAUCACAAGCAUCAUUCAAUUUCUUAUAAUCUGA